UGUCUCAGAAGUUUUUCACGCAAAAGCUGAGUCAAUGGAAGGUAGGCUCAUGGAUUGCAUAAUUCUCCAACUGAAUUUUGGCAGCAUUUCAGGAUUUCGGCAUUAUGCUCAGGCUAUAUUUAAGCCACCAAAAGCAAUGCGAGGAGGAAUCCCCAUUUGUUUCUCGCAGUUUGGAAACAGUGGAUCACUGGAGCAACAUGGGUUUGCAAGGAACAAGAUUUGGACCAUUGAUGAUGAUCCUCCACCUCUUCAUCCUGCUGAGUACAUUGGCAAAUCUGCUAUAGACUUGCUACUGAAACCAUCUGAAGAGGAUCUGAAGUGCUGGCCCCACUGUUUUGAGUUCCGUCUUAGAGUGGCUCUUGCGUUGAAUGGAGAUCUCACCAUGAUAUCGCGGAUUAGGAACCUUGACAACAAGCCAUUUAGUUUCUCCUUUGCUUUCCACACAUAUUUCUCUAUUUCUGUCAUCAGGAAUUUCAAUGGGAGCUGUUGCUGGAAUCUUUGUUGCAGCGGUUGCCAUUAUACUAUUUCUAGUUUUGUCUAUACAUUAGUGCGUCAAGAAGAAAGAAACUGAAGAAGGCAUCAUUGCUUCGACCA